AAGCUAAAUAAUAUUACUGGUUAUUAAAAAAAGUUGUUUUUUUUUUCUGUGAUAAAAGUAUUACUCUAAUAAGUGAUUGUGAUAGUGGCUAAUGAGAUUUUAAACGGUGUGUUAGUGAGGUGGUUAAUGAUUGAAGUGCAUUAAUAUGGUUCUGUGUGCGUAUCGUUAGAUAAACGACUAUAGUACUGUGAUACGACUUCUGGAGCUAUCCAACGCCGUGGAAUGGUUCCUGUGGGUUGGCGGUGUCUUGUUCAUUUGUGCGGUUGAGGCGAGCUCGGCACCAUGGGGAAGCUACUCUCGAAAAUCUUCGGUAACAAGGAGAUGAGGAUAUUGAUGCUGGGACUCGACGCUGCUGGAAAGACUACUAUUUUAUAUAAGUUAAAAUUAGGUCAGUCAGUCACAACGAUACCUACAGUUGGUUUCAACGUGGAAACUGUGACGUAUAAGAAUGUCAAAUUCAACGUUUGGGACGUAGGGGGGCAAGACAAAAUACGACCGCUCUGGAGGCAUUACUACACAGGCACUCAAGGUCUAAUAUUCGUGGUUGAUUGCGCGGACCGGGACCGCAUCGACGAGGCGCGCCAGGAACUGCAUCGGAUCAUCAACGACAGGGAGAUGCGCGAUGCGAUCAUACUUAUCUUCGCCAAUAAGCAAGACUUGCCGGAGGCAAUGAAACCUCACGAGAUACAAGAGAAGCUCGGGCUGACGCGUAUCCGCGACCGUAACUGGUACGUGCAGCCGUCGUGCGCGACCACCGGCGACGGCCUGUACGAGGGGCUCACGUGGCUCACCAGCAACCACAAGUUAUGAGCUGCGGAGUAGGCGGCCCGGCCGCCCGCACGCCUGCCGUCACGCCGCAGCCAUACGGUGAGGUUAUCGAUGCCAUUUAAUUUAAGUAAGCUGCGCCGGCGCUGUCGUAUAAAUUUAUUCCAUUGUGAACCAGUGCCGAAUUGGAUGCGUUAUGUCAGUGAAAGUUCGAACGUUGCGAGACACUAACAGUGCCGCCUAUCAUCUCAUAGACAUUCAUUGUUAACUAAACAUUGAAUUAGAUGAUUUUUACACCAACGAUAAAUCAAUUAUUCCAUUAUUUAAUUUAACAAAUUACCCGUUUGUUGUAUAUCUAAAUAUUUGAUUAUUUUUUUAUGUUAUUUAAAAAUGAAAAUUAUUACGUAGAGUAAAUGUUUUUUUUUUUUUUAAUCAAAUAUUAUGGUCAAUUUAAUGUUUACCUCCUUUGUAUUAUAAGGUAUAGAGUAUUGGAAUGGAGCGAAGAUGCGUUUGCGCAUUAUAAAUUAUUGUAUUUGCUUUGGAUAUUCACGCCUGAUGAUUCGAGGUGUUUAUGUAUGGUGGCUUGACUUUUGCGGCUUCCAAAAAAAUCAAUCUUUUUUUUUAUAUUGAUCUACCAUGGAUGAUUAAUCUGGUCCAAAUAAUUAUUAUAAUCUUAUAUGUUUUCACUUUGGUAGAAACAGAGAUUAUAUAUAAUUACUAUUAUAUUAAUAUUUCAAAAAAUAAACCAUUCGACGGACAAUUUAAUUGGCUCUAUUCACUAAUUAUAUUAUUUAUGUACAGUACAGAAAGUAAUGAUGCUUUUUUUUUCUGACCAUAUCAACUCGAACUAAGUUGAUACGGUCAGAAAAAAAGUGGCAAUAGUCAAGCUACAAAUUGUAUUGUACAUAUAAUCGUCUCAAUAUGUACAUAUUGAAAAUAAUUAUUGUGUUGUUUUUUUAUAAUGUUUACGCAGUUACAAGCCGGAUAGUAAAUUGGGAGAUAUCACCUUUUAACUUGUAAUUCAGUAAAAUAUUCAUAUAUUUUUUUAAGUUAUCUAUAUCAAGGAGAUUUUUAUUUUUUCUUAAAUAAAUAACAGUGGGAUUGAUUCUAAAUCUUUUAAAUCUUAAUAAUUAAAAUUUUCUUUCGAUAGUGUGGCAAAUGUAUUAACUGUAAUUAAUGUAAAUUUACAUCAGUGAUAAAUAUUUUGUAUUAAGAUUAAAAUUUUAGAUUUAGAGAUUGAAAAUAGAACUUUAGAAUCAACUCCAUUGUAGAACUUAAUUCCAUAUAUUUAGAGAGAAUUUUGUUUGAAAGUGGUUUCUUUCAGAAGAUGUUAUUCUAUAGAGACAUUUGUCCAAAACUUUGGAUGACAGUGUGAUAUCGCCCGCUAUAUAGUGUUGCUUAAUAAUCGAUUACUAAUAGAAAUUAAUCGAUAGUAUUCAUAAAAAAUAAUUAAAACACCGAUUGGCCUCUAAUAUUAGUUCUUCUAUAUUAUUUGAAAUUUUACGCAAUUUAAUCCAUUUUAUCAUAAUAUUAUUAGUAGUAUCGAUUGUAUCACACUCGAAUACAGAACAACGAUAUUCAUUCUAUCCGUUAUAUAGAAUAGAUAGGAUUGUUGCAAAAUUUGCUAUUGAUACUAUGGAUUCUAUUGACCGAUUAUACGAUUAUAUCGUAGGUUCAUUGUUGAUUAUUCGAUUACACAAUCGUAUAAAUUUAUUGAUCAAAUUAUUAUUCGAUACUUAAAUUAAUCAAUCGGUACCCAUCGAUUUUUUUUGAUAGGUGAUAAUGGUAUGGUAACCCCGUGUCUGCUAUCGGUAUUUAAUGGCGGGGCACCAGUAAUAAAAAGCGGGUCAGUUAGCCCAUCCCGACAAAUUCAACUAGAAUUAGCCACGAUGUUUUCCACGUGGAGGUCGACCUAAUAGGGUGUAUUGCUAGCAAUGGGGCAAUUAGACCCCACUACUAACAAUCCCUUCCCCUCUCCCUCCCGCCCCCAAACGAUUAUUAGGCAACAUUACCGCUAUGUUUAAAGAGAACGUAUUAUGCUUGGCUUUUGAUGUGAUUGGUAAUAGUUAAGAUUAGGUCUGGGACCAUCUACUUUUUGCGAUUUAACGAACAUUUUGUAACGGACUUGGAAAUGAGAAUCGAUUAUCUGUAAAACUAUUUAGUUAUUGUCUAUGGCAAUUAUCCUAACUGUCACGCGGUAUACAAUAGUAUUAUAUAUCUUUAGAGAUGAGAGUAGAUAUAGAAUUAUGAAAUUCCAGAUGACUGUUUUUUUUUUUAAUCAACGCUUGGUCAUUAUUGUGUAAGGAAUUUCAAUUAGCAAUUAAACUUCACUCAUUGCCAAGUCUCUUGAGGCCAUGUUUUUUGUAAUAUUGUUUUUCUUGCCCAUAUCCGAUUGUUUAAAUGAGAUUUAAUUAAAUGUUGGCUCAGUCGCCGUUUCAGUCUUAACGAUGUAAACAAUUCUUUAUCAAUCAUAAUCAAUACAAACGACAAUUUGUUCAUUGAUACUUGAGAAUACUAGUAAACAAAUUAAGCCUAUUUUCUUUUAUUACUGGCUUUUGCCCGCAACUUCUCCCGCGUGAUUUAUGUCAGUAGAUAUUUACUUCUAGAUAAGAUAUCUUAUCAAGACAGACACCAAAUAUUGAGUUAGACUUUCAAAAUCACAACUGUUAAAACCGCAUUUGAUUUGGUGCAGUAAUGUUUGUGUGAUGUCGGAAUUAACAUACAAAGACUCGAAAUUUCUAAAAAUUAUUAUUUUGGCGUCUGUUAGUCUAAUUAAGAUAUUUCAUAAUAUAUUUUUUUUAAUAUUUACAAACAUCCUUCAGUUACAAUUGUAUUAUAAUAAUAGUUCUUAGAAUUGAAAAUUAAUUUCACAAUUUUACAUAAUAAAAAGAUGGAACCGUUGUCAAUAGAUACGAAAAGUACCGUUGCCAUCAUAAUAGUACCAUUUAAGUAUCACUAUCUCCGAGAAAAAAGGUGUAAGGCCUCGGUUUACUGGGAACGUAACGUAAUUUUUCCGCCACAUCCCAUGUUUCAAACUGCGUCAAAUAAAUAACUGCUUAUCGGCAGAAAUAUGUUUAUUUUGUACACUUAGUGUGUUAUUUCAAAAAUAAAUGCUGAGAUCGUUUAUUAAUUGUCUUAAUUAUAGGAAAAGAAAUCGUAAGUAAAUGAAAAUUAAUCGAUCGGGCCAAUGAAAACUAAAGCAAAGCUUAAAGUAUGCAAUAGACCGAUUGUAUUUCCUACUUGUGAAUAAAUAAGGAUUGUUUUACAUCGGCAAGGCUGAAGCGUCGUUUGCCUCUCGUGUAAAAAGGCACUAAAAAUCAUUCGUGUACCAACGGAGGAGUAUUUCUAUCAAAUCUCACCUAUUCUUUGUGAUAUAAAUAUUAUUUCUGUAUCUUACCUUUAACCGUUAUUAACCUAUUUACUUUUAAUACGUACGAAUGUUUGGUAAUGUAAUAUUUUCGAGGAAAUAUGACAAUAUGCUGAUUUGUUACUCGCCAAAUUUGAUACGUUUUGUAAGUAUCUAUUCUAAGAACAGUCACCAUCAGAUAUAACUGCAUCUGUCUGUAAAAACAUGCGAAUUGUAUUAUAUGUAUUUAAAUAUUCAAUAUACAUAUUUAAUAUAUUAUAUAUUACUUGAUAAAUAGAUACACAGUCAUUUCACGAAUAUAAGUAUUGUUCCAAAGUUGAUUACAAUGUGGCAUUGUCAAUUUUCAUAGUAACUCUAAACAAGGAGUGCAGUAACCAUCGAUUAAUGAUACCGACUAGAUGUCUCGUGAAAAUGCUAAAAUGGCCAAGCAAAUAACGCCUGCAAAUAACACAAGGAUUCCGUUUGUGUUAUACCAUUUUUAAACGACACAAUAUUGCAUCUCUGUGCAUCUUCUACCGAAUUUAUCAUUGGGAGUGCUCUGAGGAAAUGUUCGGAUUGAUAUUUGCUGCUGAUUUUUACCACUGUACGACCCGUCAUAAACUAGUUCCAUACCAACUAUCUGGAUGAGUGGCGGUCCUCCAUCGUGCGUUUUUCAAGACACUUUCAAGCAGCAGUAAUUCCGAACCGAUACGAUAUCACAACCUUAAAAAAGACCAAAUUCCUUUUUAAAAGGCCUGCAGCACACCUGCAAUGCCUCUGGUGUUGCGUGUGAUCAUUGGCGGUGGUAGUCACUUACCAUCAGAUGAACUGGAUGCUUGUCCCUCGUUAUAAAAAAAAAAAAAAAUAUUCGAAUUCUGUUUUAAAUUGUGAGGCGUUAUAUUGUUUAUUGCUUUAUCUAGUUGAUAUUGAUCGAAGGUAAGAGGUAAAGAGCAUUACAUUAGCAUUUAUAUGCUUUAUAGUGAAUGUGUUUGCUGGGCGUCGACUGUAAAUCUUGUCACUGAUCGAAGUAAUAUAUACAUUACAUACUGAGGAGUAUUUUUAAAAUUUUACACUGAACUCAUCCCAUAUUAAGUAGAUCUGUGCUUGUAGAUAACAGAGAGAGACGCAGCAUAACUGCAGCAUGCUGUUUUGUUCUUCCACGUGCGAUCGUUUGCUGAUUCGUUUUUUGCACACGUAAUAAUUAGAAUGAUUUUACUUCGGCAUUUUCUGAUAGUCUACAGGCACUAAACGUCAAAAAAGUAUAGUGAUCUAUAUGAUGCUGACUGUACUCGUAUAUAGUGUAGUCUAAUGCAAUAAAACCAUACGUUUUCGAUGUACUUUCCACAUCAGUUAGUAGAGGCUGUAAAACACUGUAUACAAUUAGCUGCGUAAUUCUGCUCUCCUGGGACUUUCCUGGAAAUUUAUUGUAUAUACUGGCAAGUAUCGUAAAUACACAAUACAUACAUACAUGUACUUGCCAGUAUUAAUUAAAAGUAGAUAUCUAUAGUUUGACAUUAAAAAUACUAAAAAGAAUACAAUAAACUAUAAGGGCUCAUAUUAUAUGAUAAUUGAAUAAAGCGCAGUUUUCGCUAAUAAAAAAUUGCAUAAAGCGAUGUUUUCGCUAAUCUUCGAAAUGUGCACAGUUUAUUUUCGGGUAAUCCUAAAUGUAUGGUUGUAUUUCAGAUAGACUUAUUUUCUUUACACUAGAUCAUUAUGGAUCUAGUGACGUGUCUAAUUCGUCCGAUAUGUGCUUACUCUUAAACACGUUUAUAACUAUCUCAUAGUCUAUGGUCCGCUUGUAAUAUUUGUAAUUGUUGUUAUUUACAGGUCGUUAUGGCUUUUUAAUAAAUCUUAAAUAUUUUUUAAUACAUUUACAAUUAUAUAUUUAGUCUAUUUGCUAUAGUAAACUAAAUAGUUACAACUAAACGGGCAACACUAGGCAUAUAAAUCAAGUGAUAAAAUUUUUUUGUUCCAAUCGAUGUCAAACACCUAUGUAUUUAAACAAAAUUCGAUUUGGAUUAAAAUUAGGCCUUUCGUUUAUCACUUGAAAACGACUAAUUUGGCUUUUUAAUUAGGAAAAGAAAAAUAAAAAGGAAUUUGGGAAUAUUUCGAGCAAGUAAAAAUUAAAUGGACUGGCAAUUACAAGCUACAAUCCUUGAUUUGCCAAGUAGAUUGCUAGUUGCAUAUGAGAAAAUCUACUACAUUUAUAUAUUCAAUUCGAUGUUACAAGCCGACUAUAGGCUGAUUCUGUGAAUAUGAAGUUUAUAGGAAAGCUUUAAAUAUACCAGGCAAAGGAAUUUAGUAUGUAUAUGUGUUUACAAUCGAACCUUUUUCUAUUAGAUUAUUAAAAUAAAGUGCAAUUAAAAUUAUAGAUAAUGCACUGAGAUGUAAAAAAUGAGUAUGUACGUAAUUUAUGAUUUCUAAAUUUAUUUUAUCCAAUGUCUAUGUUUUGUAUGGGAGUGUGGAGAAGAGCUAUUGUAUAAUAUUGUAGAAAGGUUAUUCAAUAUAAAUCACACUUAUAA